GUGGAAAGCACUCCAGCUGCCGCCACGAUGAAGGGAGCACUGCUUCUGCUGGCCCUGCUGGUGACCAGAGAGCUGACCUUUGAGACGCGUGAGGCCGAAGCCUGCCCUGUUUUUUAUGGAGUCCUUACCACUGUAUCCCUUGUAUUACCACCGCCAUUGUUGAACAACACCCUCGAUUUGGUUGGAGCUACUGAUGCAGAAAAAUUAGCACUACAAGAAACUCAAGAUUGCUUCGCUGAGAGCGGACUUGUGAACAGGUUGAAUCAUCUGAGAAUCACGCUUUCCAUCAUCUUCAGUAAAGAUUGCACCGGCUAUAAGGUGUCCUCAGUGGUGAACACUGCUUUAGGAUUAGGUCUCAGUCUGACAUCUUUGGUGACAUAAUCUUUGCCAAGGAUGCCAGCCUGCACUUGCACUUCCUGCCCUGUUCUCCUCAUCUGAAGCUGGAAUCCAGACACCUGUCCCACCUGAUGUGGUCUGUAUCAGUCUGACUCUAAUUAAAUAACUGCAGCAUUG